GCAGAUACUCUGAAACGUUUUCCAAAGUUUCUACUUUGUGAUAACGAAAGUCUAACAGUAACGAGAAGGUUGAGAGUGUUUCAAAAUAUAUAAAAAUCAUUGCAAGUAAGUGUAAACUUAUUUUGUUUUAACACAUAAAAUCUUGAAAAUAAAUUUUACAAAAAGGUAUCUGCUUUCUAAGAUAAAUAAUUAUAGCAGACAUGCCCAACACUGCAAAGACCAUUCAAUAAAUGUCCAAAACAAUUUAAUUGUAUAUAUGUAUUUAAAAUAUAUUUUACCAUGUCCGAAAACGCAUCGAAAUCGACAUACUGAUCAAAUGUUUAGUCGAAACUUUCAUAGAUCCUGAAAAAAUUAAACCUAAUUUAAAAAUUGUUCCACACAAUCCAAAAGUUCCUUCUAUUGAGCUUUGAGUUUUUCUUUAUUGUUGUCGGUGUUACGUAUCGUCUUGUUAGCUGAACACUAUGAGCAAAAUUUAAAUUGUAGCCACGUUCUUGAGGGUUAAUUCGAAAUGAUCAUAGGUAAGAGGAAUGAAAAGGAACUAGAACUCGAAAAUUUGUUACAUAAUCUUUAUUCCAUGGGUUUGGAUAUUUCAACAAAAUCGAAUUAAGCUCGUUUUCUAAUGCGGACAGUUCAUAAUUUUUUAAUCUCGAUUGUUUGCAAAGUAGCUUAGCGUACAUUUAAGAAAAAAAAUACAUUCUGUUAAAUUCAUCAUUCAGAAAUCGUCUGAAUUCUUAAAUUUCAGGAAUCGUAAAGUGUGUUUACUUGCCCCAGUUAAAGUGCAGUAACUAAAAGAAGCAUCAUGCAAAAGUCAGAGGACAGCAAGAGUUGCGUAGAUCUGCUUCUGCUCGGCAAAACAGGAAACGGUAAAAGUGCCCUGGGGAACACAAUCCUGCGACGGAAAGCUUUCAAAAGUUGUGGCUCCACGACGUCCAUUACUCAAACAACGAGCUAUGAGGUAAGCCAGUUAGGAGGUCGCAGCAUCAAAGUGGUCGACGGGCCUGGCAUUGGAGACACUCGAUUAGACACCAAACUGGCGGUGGCCGAAGUGAUCAGCGAGAUCACAAAAGCCAUCGCCGGAAACCCAGCAGGUUACCACGCAUUCCUCAUUGUCCUGAAGGUGACCAAGAGAUUCACUAGAGAAGAGCAGGACGCCUUGGCGUUCCUCAAAGAGAUCUUCGGGGAAAACUUUGUCUCGGACUUCUGUAUCAUUGUGAUGACGUGUGGAGACGUCUUUGAGAAAGAGAGAAAAUUCACCGGUCUCUCUUUUAAAGAAUGGUGCGCUGAUCAGCGAGGCCCAUUCAGGGACCUGAUGGACGAGUGUCAAGACAGGAUCGCUUUGAUUGAUAAUUUUGUUCAAGACAAAUGCCGCAGAGAGAAGCAGUUGAACAAUCUCCUGAACAUUGUGGACAAGCUGAGCGCAGGUGGAAACAGGUACAGGGACAUAAACUUUUCUAUGGCCGAAGAAGCUCGAAGGCGAAUCAUGAGAGAGACAAAAGUUGUUUCGAUUCGUGAGACUGCGAUGAGAGAGUUGAGUCUAAUCUUACAAAAGUUUCAGAGUAGCGAAGACUGUGAGGAGGAUGCGACCCGACUCAAGGUGAUGGACGCAGCUUACCGACGGGCAGAGAACCUGUGCACAAGUUUAAAAGUCACGGAUCCCGGAGAUGGAGAUGUUCAUGAUCUUUACAAAAUGAUCUCAUGUGUAAAAACAGUCAUCUGGGAUCAAAUGCAAUUUAACGCCCGAUCGCUAGAGGACAGCAAGAUAACUUUGGCGGGAGAGAAAGAAACAUUGGCAGGACGAUAUGAAACUUAUAAGGAUGACAAUGAUAUGGUCAUAAGGUUGAAGAGAAGAGAGACAAAGGGAGAAAAGGGAAAACACGAAGAGAAGUUGUCGAGAGAAGCGGAGCUAGACAACCACAAGAAGAUUACUGCAGUCCUGGAGACAAAAUACCGUGAACUGAAGGAGAAACACGACGAGGGCGUCUUGACCCAGAUCAUCAGUGGCGUCAGCUGGAGUUUCAGAUCCAUCGUGGCUCGUUUCGCUUAGCCAGAACUCGUAAUCUUAGACAUGGAGCUUAUGGAGCUUUAAGCUCCUACUAAGCAAGUUGUUUUAACAUUUUUUAUUUUAAUUAAGCUAUAAAAAUUUUUAUUUCUAAAUUACGAUAUAGAAAUUUUGAUUGUAAAACAAUAGAAAUAGACUUGAACAUUUACAAGUUUUAAAGGGGGGUUUUAUUAUAUAAAUAUAUAGAUUUUUUUUGUGAGUUAUAUUCUGAUGAUAAUAUCUCUGGAUCAAGGCAAGCUGAAAUUAGAUAAGUGUAAUGUGAGAACCACUGCGUUCGGUUUGAAGAAAUAAGUAAUAUAGAAAGAAGGGUAAGGAACAGCGUAAGGAAAGGUUGAAAGGUUCUCAGCGGAAACAUCCUCUGUUUCGUUUGGUCUUUCUUCAUUUAACGAAAAUUUGAAGAAAAUUGGAUCGUCUGAACUGAGCAGCAUAAGUUCAAUGGGGCGAUACCAUCACCCUAAAGCUUUACGUGGAAAUCUAUAAUUUUUAAUAUGUCUUUGUGGUGUUUGGCAUUUUUGAUAACUUUGUCUAGAUAAGACAAAAUUCUUUAACUUGUAAAAUAUUUGAAUGAAUACUGAUCUGCAGUAUUGAUAAUUUUCUAUCGUAAAUUUAUGAAUAAAGUUUAAAAUAAGUAAAUAAAU